CAAUGGAUGAGUCUCUAUAGUUGGGUACUGAAUCACAUUCAUUGUUUCCUUUCCCUUUCCUCAAAAACACCAAAAAAUAACAAAUAAAGAGAAGAUAAGCUCAAAACCCCAUAGCAUCAUCUUACACCACCCACCCCACCAAAAGUCGUAAUUCUCACUCCCUAUCAUAUACCCUUUUAUUAUCAGUAUAGGAGCUGCUGAUAAUUUCUAUUAUUUCCAAAAAUCGGGUGAUAAAAAUGGCGAUUUCGGACAGAGUAGUGGGGAAUUUGACAACGUUGUACUUAUUGGUGAUAGCUGGUAUGAAGGCUUAUGGAUUGAUGACUGGGCGGAGCUACGGCGGAGGAUUUGUGCUGAUUGUGUCCACAACUGUAGUAGGUAUUAUAUUGAUUUUGAGUCUGACGUAUGACGUGUCACGUAAGGCUAGGUAUGCGUUGACACGUAAUCGUAAUCUUCAUCAUCAUCAUCCUACUCAGCAGCUUUAUCAGCCACGUCAUCAUUCCGACGAGUUGUGCCGAGGUGGCAUAUGUUGGCACGGCGUCCCCGUUAGGUCUCCCGCGUCUCAGGUUCGGUUCCGGCUUCCUCAACAUCUGCAGCCUCGUUAGCAAUUUUGCAAGAGCGGUAACAAAAGUUAAAUUGAGUGAUUUUGACUUGUUUUUUCACUGUAAGUCUGUAAAUUAGUUUUGGAUUUUAUCUUUUUCAGCUCGAACAUUGACAAUUCUGGUGAAAUUAGAGUAAAUAGUGACCGGAAAGAGAUAUCAGCAUCGCAUUUUGGGCGUGUAAAUGUAAAUCUAUCUAUAUUAUUAUAAAAGUGGAAAGUCCUUGGUUAAAAAGUUAAA